GGAACGCAUAAGCCAGCAAUUACUAAUACAUACUGACAGAAGCCAAUACUGUGAUCAAGAUUUAAAGGACCUCAGCACCUGAAAAGCAUGGACAGAGAAAGCCCACCCCUGCUGUUGAGAGUGGUACGGUCUCAGCCUGGUCAAGUAGUUGAGGAGGAGCAGUGGAGCACUGGACUGUGUGAAUGCUAUGGAGAUAUGGGUGACUGUUGCUUUGCUCUCUGGUGUUUGCCUGUAUUUGCGUGUAAGACGAGCAGGGCCGCAGGAGGCUGUGUUUGCUUGCCUCUGCUAGACUGUGUGGGCUGUGUGCCUCCAGCCUCCCUCGCAAUGCGUGCAGCAGUGAGAGAGCGCUAUGGCAUAAAGGGCAAUGUGUUCAGUGAUUGUUUCUAUGGCUGGUGCUGUUAUCCUCUGUCCUGGUGUCAGAUCUCCAGAGAGAUAAAGAAGAGGACGGCCGCGCUGUCCAAAAAACAGUCUUCCUCACCUUUCUCUUUAAAAUCAAAAACCCGGAACACACCUCUUCUCUACCUGGAUCACGUCCACAUCAUUUAGAGUACAUGGAGGACAAAAGCACCUUUUACAGCAGCAAACAGCUGCUUUCAAGAGCCGGGACAAUCUUCAGUGCAAAGAGAGGGAGUGUUUUGUAUGAAGUGAAUUUUGUGCCAAAAGUUUUAUGCUAAAAAAUAAAAUCCACAGUCAAAACACAAAAAUGAAAGCAAAGACUGGAAAAAUACCUACUGAAAUCAUUUUCAAAUAACUGCAAAGAAUAAUAGUAAACACGUAUAUUUAAAUACGUAUUUGCUAUAUUUUUUUCUCUUUUGAUUCUUAACAUUUUGAUUGUAGGCUUUAUUUGAUUUUUUGCAUAAAAAAACCUUUGCCACUAAAUUCACUCCAUAGUUUUGUUACAUUAGUAACAAAAUAUUUGUAAAUGUGUGACUUUCUCAAAUCAGUUAAAAUUAGUGCAAUAUUAGCUCAAAUUCUGUUGUUUCUUUGUCCACUUUACUAAAGUGUUAUUUAGAAAAUAAGAGGGAGAUAAAGAGAUGUAAAUAGAAAAAGAGUGAGUGAGUGAGUGAGACAUAGGGAAAGAUAGGGAGUAAAAGAGUGAGUGAGUGAGUGAGUGAGUGAGACAUAGGGAAAGAUAGGGAGUAAAAGAGUGAGUGAGUGAGUGAGUGAGUGAGUGAGACAUAGGGAAAGAUAGGGAGUAAAAGAGUGAGUGAGUGAGUGAGUGAGUGAGUGAGUGAGUGAGACCUAGGGAAAGAUAGGGAGUAAAAGAGUGUAAAAGAGUGAGUGAGUGAGUGAGUGAGUGAGUGAGUGAGUGACACAUACGGAAAGAUAGGGAGUAAAAGAGUGUAAAAGAGUGAGUGAGUGAGUGAGUGAGACAGGGAAAGAUAGGGAGUAAAAGAGUGAGUGAAAGAGUACAUGAGCAAGUAAACAAAAAGAGAUAGAGAAUAAAAAAGAGUGAGUGAGUGAGAGAGACAUAGGGAAAGAUAGGGAGUAAAAGA